UAACACAUAGGAUUAGCCCCAUACAGAGUCUACAGUUGCUCAGUGGCUAUGCAACACCACGCACGACCUUGGGAAGGUCGCAACUGUCGCCAUUCUAGGUACGCUAUGUCCUCCUAGGUACACACUAUCGUGAUCUGGCAAGUGCCGUCGACGAGUAUAGUACUAUUCUCCGACUUCAAAAUACUCCAGCGGAUCAGCCAUGUCAUGGCUGCAGCAUGGCAAGACUCGUGUUUCAUUCAUAUAUAAAUCGACCAAACCUUCCCAUACAGUAGGCACAUAGCACCGAAAAACAAGCAGCGCGAACAAUACGAACGACGCGAACCUGGCAAGAUGGCUUUCGGCACAAACUUCAAAGUUCUUGGUACCAUGACAACCACUCUGUUACUCCUUACCGCCGUCAAAGCUAGCAUCGCAAUCCCCAGCACCGGCACUACAUCGCUGAGAGAAGAGGCGUAUAAGAAGAACAUCACGAUUGGAUCUGGAGCUAUCAACCCGACAUACCUUGAAGAUCCUAUCUUCGCAGCUAUCCUCGCUGAGCAAUUCAACAGCUUGCAUCCUGAGAAUGAGAUGAAAUGGUCUUUCAUCAACCCUUCACCAGGCCAUUACAACUGGGAUCCUAUCGACCGUCUCGUUGACUUCGCCAACGAACAUGACAUGUUGGUCAAAGGGCACGGACUCAUCUCGAGCUGCUGCAAUCCCGACUUUGUAGUCAACAUCACCAAUCCCAAAGCGUUGCGUGCCGCGAUGACGACUCAUUUCGAAGCUAUCAUGCAUCGGUACGAAGGACAAAUCGACCGAUGGGACGUGGUCACUGAGGCUCUCAAAACUAUGGGUGGAGGCUUGAAUGAGAAUGACUUCUCCAGAAAACUUGGUCCAGGCUACAUCAACGAAGCUUUCCGCAUCGCACGGGCUGCGUCCCCUGGAGCCAAGUUAUACAUCAACGAAAACCAAGUAGAAGUGCUUCCCGGCAAGCGUCAAGAGCUCCAAGAUCUGGUUUCUGGACUCGUUGCAGACGGCGUUCCAAUCGAUGGAGUUGCCCUGCAGAUGCACAUCACCGAAGUGGCUCCGGUACCCGGCGUGAUAACCGACAUGGUUCGUUUCUACAAAGCGCUCGGGCUGCAAGUCGAGAUCGCUGAAAUGGACGUGCACACACUCAAUAAAACACUCGAGACUCAGAUCUAUGGUGCCGUCAUUAAGGAGGCUUUGGAGGCAGGAAUUACCGAUAUCAACUUCUGGGGCUUUACUGAUAAGCAUGCUUACACUUGGGUGCCAGGCGCAAAGCCCCUCAUGUUUGAUGAGAACUACAAACCAAAGGGAGCUUUCUAUGCGACUCAUAGUGCUCUAGAGGAGUUUGUCGACGAAUGCUAGCUAGACCAUGUUGUAUCACGUUGUCUCAGACAUCACGUCGUAACAACGUCAGACAAUGUCCCUUAGAUGGCGGUGUUACACGGGGUUAGGCUAUACUUCUCUAAGCUCGGUCCGUACUAAGGCGAGGUAGACUAAAGCGGUAGUCCGUGAGGUAAUGUAUGGAAUGAUUAGGUGGAAAAGAGUUAUCGUUGUAACUAAAGGAUAAACAAUACUAAUUCUAUAAGCGAUAGAAUAACUAGUUAACAAUCUGUGUAAGAG